AUGCAUGCGCGGAGACGGAAUGCAUGCGCGGAGACGGAAUGCAUGCGCGGAGGGCGGCAGGUCGACGUGGCGAUGCGCGCGAGCGGCAUAAUGGGCGGAGGAGCGGGGAGCGCGGAGGAGCCGUCGUUGGAGCAGCUGAUGGGCGUGAGCCGAUGGUGCGUGCUGCGCGCCGUGGAGGUUGGCGUGACGACGAGACUGGCGGAGAAGCUCGGGCAGAUGGAGGAGAGAAAGAGAGGAAGAGAGGGAGAGAAUGAGAGAGGAAGAGAGGAGGGUGAGGGACGAAGAAAGGGAGAAAGUGAGAGAAGAAGAGAGGAGGGUGAGAGACGAGAGGAAGAGAGAGAGGAAGAGUGUGAGAGGUUGAGGGAGGAAGAGAGGAAGAGAGUAAGAGAGCGCAAGCGAGCUCGCACGGCUCAUGGCUGUGCUGCUGCACACCGCAUAAGGGAGGUGAGUGCUGUCGUGCUUACCAUCCCAUGCCACACCUCCGAUUGCUCCCAUCCCGUUCCCCCAUCCCGUUCCCCCAUCCCGUUCCCCCAUCCGUUCCCCCAUCCCAUUCCCCCAUCGCGUUCCCCCAUCCGUUUCCUCCAUCCCGUUUCCCCAUCCCGUUUCCCCAUCCCGUUCCCCCAUCCCGUUCCCCCAUCCCGUUCCCCCAUCCCAUUCCCCCAUCGCGUUCCCCCAUCCGUUUCCCCCAUCCCGUUCCCCUAUCCCAUUCCCCCAUCCCAUUCCCAUCCCAUUCCCCCAUCGCGUUCUCCCAGUCGGUCCCCCAUCACUCCCCCAUCACUCCCCCAUCACUCCCCCAUCACUCCCCCAUCACUCCCCCAUUGCUCCCCCAUCACUCCCCCAUCACUCCCCCAUUGCUCCCCCAUCGCCCCCAUCGCUCCCACAUUGUCGCCCCCAAUUCUCUUUAUGCGGCAGCACCUGCUAGCCCUCUCGCCCGUGCAGGCAAUCUCCCCCUCCCAUCGCUACCGCACUCAGCCCCUUUCCACCCCUUCGCCUCUCCCAUCCACUGCGUUUCUGGAAGCACCUGGCGACGCUUUCAGUCAGCCGAUACAGAGGUGGCGAGAGGGGCAGUCCCUCUCAUCACUUCCCAUUAUUCCCAUUAGCCCUUCUCAUCGUUACCGAUUUUUCAAUCCCCACGACCCCUCCCCAUUUGUGAUUUUCCUGACAGCACCUGCCAUGCAGAGGCCAUGA